CUUAGCUGGGCUUGAUGAUCAACGUUUUUGGUGGUGAAGAUAUCCAUGACUCUCCCAACUUGGCCACCUGCAGUUUUAAUGACGGGCUGGGUCCUAGCUGACAAAGUAGGCGUUGGCCAGAGAGUAGGGGUGGGGGACUUUGAGGAGGGAGUGUUGUGCUUCAGCGAACCACCAGGCCGGCAGCACGACGUCGCGGAACUAGAGGAGAAUUAUCGAAGAAACAGCGAUACAAUGGGCCUUUGAGAGUGGGUUUGUUGAGUAGGUUCUGCGUAUUCCAUCAGCUGGGUUUGUUUGGUUGGCGGAGAAGACGCUGUUGCGAAACCAUGUUUGAAGGUUGAGGAGGUUUUUAUGGACUUGGUCAACUGCUUUUGGACCUCGACAAUCGAAAGGGUACUCUUGGGCGUCGAAACAUCCUUGCUGUGAGUUUCGAAUCACAAGCCAUUCCAAGCGAAGAUAACCUGAGAACUUUCUUGUUUUUCGAGAAGAAUUGCUGAAGUCGUAUCUUGCUGUAGCUGGAAAAAGCUGGUAGGGAAAAGUCUGCAACUACAUCAGAGUUACAUUGGACACCUGCAAAAUGGAACUUCUCUAGUGAUAGAAGAGCGGAGCUUCUUCGCCACUUCUCUGCCGCUCAGCAACUUGACCUAUUAGCAAGGACCAGUGAAACUUCGCAGUUUCAGUGGUGCUGAAUCGUUUCUCGCGUUAGACGUGGUUGGUUGCGAUGGUAGUCGGUGCGUGGUGGCUUCUCACCCCGGUACUACUAAUCGUGGUCUUCUUUGGGCCUUCAAAUGCAGUUUUAAAUGCCGACGAAAAGGAUGCGCUGUUGACCAUAAAAAACCAGUGGAUCACGACCAAUUUUACCUCGUGGAUCGCUGGCACCGACCCCUGCUUGAAUAUAACGGCGUGGAGAGGCAUUGUGUGCGACGCGCUUGGAGAGCAUGUUAUCACUCUGAACGUAACUAAAAUGGGAGUGAAUGGAUCCAUUCCCGAGGCCAUCCGAAGGCUCACCUUUUUGGAAAGCCUUGACGCAAGCGAGCCGGACAAAGCUGCUUCUACUAACAUCGAAGGAGAUUUGGGGCCGCUUGCUAGUUUGACCCAUCUCAAGUCUCUGAACAUAUCAAGAAAUUACAGAAAUGGUUCGUUUCCAGAUGUGAUAUAUAAUUUGACGAACCUGGUUGAGCUGAAAGCAGACAAUAACAAAUUUACUGGAAAUCCCUCACUGUCGCACAGAAUUGGCAACAUGAAGAAACUGGAGACAUUGUACCUUGGAAGUAAUAAUAUCGUUGGGAGCCUUCCAGCAGAGCUUUGGACUUUGCGAAACUUGCGGGAAAUCUCACUAUGGGAGAACAAAUUGGAGUCGGAGAUUCCAAAGGCCAUAGCGAACCUGACCAACCUGGAGUUUUUGAAUUUACACGGCUGCAAAUUGUGGGGGGGGAUCCCUUCAGAAAUGGGAGCUCUCAAGCGCAUGCGAACUUUACAGCUGUAUUCUAACACGUUAACAGGACGCAUCCCUGAUACAAUGCAAAAUCUUACGCUUUUGAGUAACCUUAGACUAGAUCAGAAUUAUCUUUCAGGAAAAAUUCCCCAAUGGAUAUGGAGUUUUCAAAAUCUCACAAACUUGCAACUUGAAAAGAAUUCAUUCGAAGGAUCCUAUCCUGCAAUGUUGCAACAGACCCUGUCGAAUGUGCAAUUAGACUGCAAUUACCUGAAUGGAGCAUUGCCUGUGAUGCCUUCGCGAUUCAGCAACACACAGAAGUGGGAUGUGGAUGAGAAUUGUUUCACUGGACAAGAUAUAAAGGAACGGAGCAUUCAGUGCAAGUGGGGUGCCAGUAAUGCCGCAUGUACCGAGUACUUUGCGUCUGUUGCGAACGGUGCAUGUCCUCCGUGUCCAGCAGAUCAGCAGCCCUACAACACUACCGUUUGUACAUGCAAACCGAAAGAUGAAGAGUCAAAGACGAACACUUCAGCAAUCGUAGGUGGAGUAGUUGGUGCAGUUGGGGGCGUACUGUUAACUGUGAGUAUCGUACUUUGUAUAUUGUGGAAACGCAAGAAAGAUCAUGCUAAACUUAUGGGCCGCUUUAAUCCCCAGCUUGCGGAAGAGCUAUACGAUCCAAAUUGGCAAGCUCCUGCUGGUGUACAGCGAUUUAAGCUGUCAGAAUUAUCGAGAGCGACAGGUGGGUUUGAUGAGGCACAUGAAAUUGGGGAAGGCGGAUUUGGUAAGGUUUUUGUGGGGGAAUUCAAAGAUGGUAGGACAUUGGCGAUCAAGCGUGCUUCAGGUCUUGUCUCGAGUUCUCAAGGCAUGGCAGAGUUUCGAAAUGAAGUACUACUCCUAAGUCGGCUUCACCACAAAAAUCUCGUGCGAUUGGAGGGUUUUUGCGACGAAUCUGGCGUGCAGGUCCUUGUGUACGAGUUCAUGAGACAAGGAAACCUUCAUGCUCAUCUUUUCCGCUCAACCAAGCGAUUGAAUUGGUAUAAGAGGUUGGAAAUAGCAGUAGGCGUUGCUCAUGGCUUAGAGUAUCUGCACUCUUAUGCGGACCCACCAGUGAUUCACAGAGAUGUGAAACCCAGCAAUGUUCUGCUUGACGAUAACUUAAUAGCAAAGGUAGCUGACUUUGGUAUCUCUAAAGCCACAGAUACAGAGGCAACUCAUGUCUCAACUCGACCAGCUGGCACUGCAGGGUACUUUGAUCCUCAGUACUUCAUUCGCCAGCAGCUGACAACUGCCAGUGACGUGUACGGCUACGGUGUGGUGCUAUUGGAGCUUGUGACUGGCCAGAGAGCCAUUGAUCACACACGAAUAUCUAACUUCAAUCUGGUGGAAUGGGUGAGACCAAAGCUAAAAGAAGAAGGAAUACGAGCCAUUGUGGAUCCCAAGCUUGGAGAUGAUUACCCCGAAGACAUCUACCAGGACAUGGCCAAGCUUGGUCUGCAGUGCGCCUUAUUUGACAAGGAUAGUCGACCGACAAUGAAGGAGGUAGUUAAUAUUCUAGAUACCAACCUCAGUAAUUGCAUACCGCCUCCUCCGUCGGACUAUUCGUUUACAUGGGAAUCCGGGGACUCUGAUUAUCCAACGAAAGCCAGCGGUAGCGCAAGCGUCACUGGUGCAAGCACAAGUAGCUACGUCAGUAGUAAGCUCACUGAUCCCGACCUCAGUCACAAAAAAAUGAGCAGCAGCUUGUUGCCGCGGUGACAAAACCUCACUUUGAAUUCUUCUAUUUUCAUCUUUAGAACAAGCGUCUAGAAUUUGGUGUGCUAUACCGGUUCCAAAUUAGAGCUAUUCCAGAUGACCAUGCUUGGUUAGUAUUAUUCAACUACUGUCUGUUGCAAGUAAUUCUGGCUUGUCACUAUUGAUAUGUGUAAAGUUCAGGUCACUGUUUUCAGGAGCGAAGCAAUGUGUAGUUUGACUAGUGUAUACAUGGUAAUCAACUAAAUCAAUGAACUGUUUUGCAUUAAAUCAAUUCUUUUUACAUUGCUUUCGUU